UAAACGUGUGAAGGAGCAGAGCUGCAGUUGUGUCCUAUUUGUCUCUGAAAGAAGUUUCAGCCGAGUCCAUCAGAUUUCUCUCAGCAACAGAGUGCAGACAUGGCUGCUGCCAGCAAUCCACAAUCUGAAGAUCAAUUUCUGUGCUCCAUCUGUCACAAUGUGUUCACUGAUCCAGUCUCUACACCAUGUGGACACAACUUCUGCAAAAACUGCAUCACUCAGCACUGGAACACUAAUGACAGACAUAAGUGUCCUAUGUGUAACAAGGUGUUCAAGAGACGACCUGAACUAGACAUCAACACUUUGUUCUCUGAGAUGGUUGCUCAGUGCAGACGUGAAGCUCAGCAGAAAGCCAGCAGCAGCUCAGAGCAACAAGCUGCCAAACCAGGAGAAGUUCCCUGUGACGUCUGCACUGGAACCAGACUGAAGGCCCUGAAGUCCUGCCUGGUGUGUCUUACCUCCUACUGUCAGACUCACCUGGAGCCUCAUCUGACAGCUACAAGUCUGAAAAGACAUCAGCUGAUUGAGCCUGUGGAGAACCUGGAAAACAGGAUUUGUAGGAAACACGAUAAACAUCUGGAUGUGUUCUGUAAGACCGACCAGACAUGUAUCUGCAUGCUCUGCUAUGUUUUAGAUCACAAGAACCACGAGUUUGUUCUUCUGAGAGAAGAAUAUGAAGGAAAGAAGGCAGAGCUGGAGAAGACAGAGGCUGAGAUUCAGCAGAUGAUCCAGAAGAGACGACUGAAGAUUCAGGAGAUCAAAGAGUCGGUGAAGAUGAGCAAAGAUGCUGCAGACAGACAGAAAGCAGAAGGUGUUCAGGUCCUCACGGCUUUGAUGGAGUCUGAGAGACGCCUGAAGGAGCUCAUAAAGGAGAUCGAAGACAAACAGGAAACUACAGAGAAACAGGCUGAAGGUGUCAUCAAAGAUCUGGAACAGGAAAUCUCUGAGCUGAUGGAGAGAAGCUCUGAGGUGGAGCAGCUCUUACACUCUGAAGACCACCUCCACCUCCUCCAAAGCUUCUCGUCCCUGAAAGCUGCUCCACCCACCAAGGACUGGACAGAGGUCAGAGUCCGUCCACCAUCAUAUGAGGGGACUGUGGUGAAAGCUGUGGAGACACUCAGGAAACACAUGAAGAAGCUGUUUGAGGCUGCAGAGCUGAAGAGGGUCCAGCAGUAUGCAGUGGAUGUGACUCUGGAUCCUGAUACAGCACAUCCUAAACUCAUCCUGUCUGAUGAUGGAAAACAAGUGUAUCAUAGUGAUGUGAGGAAGAAAUUUCCAGACAACCCAGAGAGAUUUUCUCAGUGUGUUAAUGUUUUAGGAGAGCAGACCUUUUCCUCAGGCAGGUUUUACUUUGAGGUUCAGGUUAAAGGAAAGACCGACUGGACUUUAGGAGUGGCCAGAGAGUCGAUCAACAGGAAGGGACAAAUCAAAGCGAGUCCUCAGAAUGGUUUCUGGACUGUAGCACUCAGAAAUACAAAUGAGUACAGUGCUUGUGCAGGUCCUUCCAUCCCCCUCUGUCUUCACCCUGGUCCUGAGAAGGUGGGGGUGUUUGUGGAUUAUGAGAAGGGUCUGGUCUCCUUUUAUGAUGUAGGUGCUGCAGCUCUGAUCUACUUCUUUACUGGCUGCUCCUUCACUCACAAACUCCACCCAUUCUUCAGUCCCUGUAACAAUAAUGGUGAUAAAAACUCUGCACCUCUGAUCAUCUGUCCUGUCAAUCAAACUGAGUCGAACAAUGAUUGAUUUUAUCUGAUGAACUGAUCGAUAGUUCAUCAAACAUAUUCCUUUUUGUUCCAUUAAAAGGAAUAUGUUCCUUUUAAUGGAACAAAGGAACAUACUCAGUGUAAAUACUCUACAGUUUCCAUGUUUUCUAUAGAAUCUGAUUACUGUGGACUCAGAUUUACUCUUUCAGUUUAUUCCUCAUGGAAUAAUUUGAAGAAACUUGAAGAAAACUUGAAUGACAAAAUGUUCCCACUAAUCGAGACUCGAGCUGAAUAUCAGACAAUAAAUGUCAGAAACCUUAAAUUAACAAAAACGUUUGUUAGAUUAUUUUAAUUAAAACGAGGCAUUCAGAGUUCAUCUGAGGGGCAGCUAUGUUAGCUAGAAGUGGUUUGGUUAUUUUGGGUCUGUGUGAGGAUUUUGUAUCUGUUCAGUGCAAACUGAUGGAUAAUAUUAAAACAAAUCUGAGAAUAUUCAUCCAUCCGUUUUCUUCUUUCUCGGGUACCUGUUAGAAACCUUCUCUUAUGAAGUGAGACACAGAGUAAUAAACUGCAACUCCUUUAUUUAAAAUAAGCACACAGUGAACAUCUGUGCAAUUCCUCCAACAUUAUCCUGGGAACAGAUAUGUGUGUGAUGCUCCUACAGAGAAACAGUUACUUGGUGUACUUGUACAUGAUUGUAACUAUGCUCUGGAUAACAGAGGAACCACAGAUAGGGACAGAGAGUCAGAUACAUGCCUUCAGCUUUACUGCACUGUAGUAUGUUUUAUAUCAUAUGCCUCCUGUUUAUGCUACACUCUUAUAUAAUAUGUACACUGUCUGGGUUUACAACAUAUCUGGUGAUAUACGUAGAUGGUCUUGGUUGGAGCAGUGUCGAUCGGCCUCUGGACCAGUUUCCUCAGACAGGGAAUGAAGCAGCAUCCACAGACAGUCGGCAACACCUCCACAACUGCAACAGUGAUAGAAAAAUUCUUAAAGUUAUGCAACACUCUUCAACAGUAAGCUGAAGGGAUGUAUCUCUGUCUCUGUGUCCUCCUCUGUGGCUCCUCUGCUAUCUGUUAUCCAAGUAGUUAAAGUCAUGUUCAGUACAACAAGUGACGCUCUGUAAGAGCAUCUAAUAUAAUUCCUUUUGUUAACAAAGUGAAAGGGAGAGGAGAACUGAGCUCCUUCAGCUGUUGGAAGCUAAAGGAGCUUUUUUGUGACCUCUUUGUGAAACGAAAUACAAACAUUUGAUAAUUAAGGAAUUCAUUUCUAAAUUUCAAAUCUUUCAGACCACCAGGUACGGAUGAACACAAUCAAAUACAGACCUGAAAUAAACAAACAGAAUGACAUGAUAAGCUCUGGGACUUCUAGAUGUUUCCUGUAUAGCAUAUUGGUUGUCCAUGUAGGCAGGGGUAUCAAACAUAAAGCCCAGGGGUCAGAAUUGGCCCAGCAAGGACUCCAAACUGGCCCACUGGACUUUUUUGUGGAGGAGGAAUUAAACUUUAGACUUUAUCUGUGUUUUCAAAACUUUUGCUGACUGAUAAAGACCUCCCCCAUCAAAGUAAUUUAAUAAAAGAUUUUUAUAAUUUUAUUUUAUUUUAUUUUUUUAUUAUUUUACACAUUUGUUUUUACACAUUUUAUGCCCAAAGACUCAUGCUGACAGGUCCAGACUUCAUUUGUUAUUUCUAUAAUGCAGAACACACCCACACACACUCAAUGUUUUUCAUGCAGCACAACCAAAAACAUCUCUUAAAAAACAGUAACACUGCAACAGAAAUACUGAGCACAUCGUAAUAAAAUCACCCUAAGCAUCAUUACAAUAUUAUAUAAUCAUAUUUACACACAUACACUAUAAACCUACACUGUAAUGUUUAUUUAUAUGGGAAUCACCAUGUUAAGCAUUUAACUUAUAUAUUUGAUAUAGUUAGGUCAAGUAUUAUUCACAUGUAUAAGAUUAUGCCACUUGCUUUAUGAGCACCUGUUGAUGCAGACUGCUUGUUGUAAGAUUUAAUAAUUAGGAUUAAUGUGUGAUGUUUGAUCAUGUUGUGACCUAUUUUAAUAAGGAAAAGCAAAGAUUAUUCAAAGGUUGCCCAUCUGCGGAUGGCCCCUAUCCAAACUCCUGACCAGCCCCUUGGCCAGUACCUGACCCUGCACCAGCUGUUUUUGGUUGGAGGAAGUUACCCAGCAGCAGGAGGAUGAGUUACUGGCUCCUAUAAAAGAGGGACCAGAGAAGCCACCAGGGCUUCUUCUCUGUCUGUCUCUGUGUGGCUCUGCUGUCUUUCAUUAAGGAUCUACACCCCAGGGUUUGCUUUCCUGUGUGUUGUCUUGCUGUUCUGUGUAUGUACUAGCUUGCUGUUCAUAUGAUUCUGUUUAUUAAACUCUGU